GGCUUGAAACCCGCGCGUUGUAAUAUUCCGGGUUCGAGCGCGCGACGGGCUCCGGAUUGAACAGCCUUAUCAAUACGAACCGCUGCCCGUUGACAAAAUGACUCACACCGGUAAGAGGGACCGCCGGUGAUGAAACGUCGCUUUUGAAAUGUCCUUUUGCUCUCAGCUGCAUUGGCGUUAACGGGAUGAGCUGCAGCGGCAGCCCCCUCCGCGCCGUUGUCACGCGUGGGGAGACUCAGUUUGCCAUUCAAAUUUCUCGCAAUUUAACGUGGCCUUCUUAGUUUUCCAAAAUGUAACGUCGCGUAAUGCCACAUAAAGUAUGUCGAAAAACCUUCCGAGUGAGCCCUUAGCAAUUCGUCUGUGUCGCUACUUAACGCCCCCCCCUUCAAUACAAUUGUAAAGUUUCUGGAGUGAUGGAUGCGGCGACAGCUCGCUACACCGCCCGGUCAGCAAUUAUGUGGGGGGGGGGGCACAGUGUUGACAAGGUGCAGUGGUUAUGUGUGUUUCGAAAUGAACAUGGCUUUCUUGACGGAAUGUUGAAUAAUCACCUAAAGACACGGGGGUUUGCGUCGCAAGCUACGAGCCACACCGUUAAAUGGUCGGAAAUCCGAGGCGAGAUUCGCUCCAUGUCACACCGACAUCAUAACGCCCCCCCUAACAACACAUGCUGCAAUACCUCCUUGAUUCUGUCAAGAUUGAGCGCGCGCACACGCAGGCUGGAUACGGGGGGUUUUGCUAUGGAGUAAACGCGCACGCUCGCUCGCUCCACCGCCCGUUAAUUAAUUUACAGCCGAGAGAUGAAACGCGGAAAGGGUCGCGUGAUGUCGUAAAGUGGUGUGCAGAGUCAUUUUGUUUUUGGUGAGAGAAGUUGUGAGCUCAGCGUCAAUGGUCGCCCGUGGCUGAGGACGAGAGGACGUGCAGAUCCCCGCGUGUUUCUAAUUCAAGGAGACCUACUGGUGACGACGAGUGCUUGGGCAGACUGUUAGCUGGGAAAGGAUGACAUUAUUAUAUUCCCACCCAACGUGGAGAGAUUACUGGAGUUAAUGUGAGACCAGUUAUACAGAGAUGUCAAUCCCUUCCAGUUAGCGACAACUCUACAAUGAUGAGGAUAUAAAGGAGAGUCUGCAGCUCUCCUCUCAGGGACAGUCUUCUGCAGCCCUUCUCUGGUCACAGGCCUACCUGGCAUCUCUCAUCCAUACCAUUCCUCUUUCCAUCCACCCAUCCUUUCCCCCUGUCAUGAAAGGCCUGUCCAGUAGUCGGAGUCACCAUCACGUGGUCUCCUAUGAACCAUCGUAUGAUCUACUGGGUCACCAUGUUGACCGCAAGCCAUAUUUAAUCAGUCAGAAUGACAUGCCUGUGCCCAUUCCCAUGCCGCAUCAAGCGGAGCUGUCCUACUACAAUGCUCAGCGUAACCCGUACCCCUCUGACAGCAACAGCAUCGUCCCAUACGGAACCUUCCCAAGGAGGUGCCACUCCACCUCCUCAUCCCACCAUCCUGAGGUAAAGGAUGAGUGUAUGGCCAUGGUACCAUAUGUAGGGGGAGGAGGAGGAGGAGGAGGAGGAGGUGGAGGAGGCUAUGGGGGCAAAAUGCCCACCCGGGUACCAGCAAACUUUGCGGACCCAUUUGAGCGUCAGCCAUCGUUCUCCAGAGAUGGCUACCACACGCUGCAGUACAAACGCGGAGUGCUGGCCCACAGUGGGGGAAUGGGAGCCCAACACAACAACAAUGACAGCCCAGGGAGAAUUCGCCACCUGGUCCACUCAGUCCAAAAACUCUUCACCAAGUCACAUUCAUUGGAGGGGCCACACCACACACAGUCCUCCAAGGGGGCCAAUAACGGGAGUGUUAAUGGUGGUGGUGGUGGAGGAGGAGGUGGUGGUGGUGGUUCAAGGGCCAGCCCGGAGGGUGAGACUCCACCGGUGGGAAUGCGCCAGCGGAAGCGCAGCAAGAGCCGCGAGCGCUGUCGAUCUGCGGAGCCCAAGCAUCGAAGCCACCACCACCACCACCUCCAGCUCCACGGCUCAGCGUCUGCUCCAGGCUCCGGGUAUUGGAGCUCAGAUGACAAUCUGGAACGGGAGCUGUGUCUCUACCACCCUCACCACCACCAACCUCCGCCCUCACCCUCACCCUCCAUUUCCCCAUCACCCAUCGCCAUGACAAUGGGCCGGUACCCCGGCAACAGCCACGACAAGUUCCCCCAGACUCCCCUCCCCAGUCUCUCCUCCUCGCAGUCCCAGCAAUACUUCAUGAUGGACCCUUACGGCACACUCAAUGAGCACACACACAACCACACCCACACACACCACCACUCUGCACUCAAAGCCUCCCGGAGCAACAACGAUGUGAAGUAUGCAGCGUCGUCGGCAUGUGUGCCAGUUAGUGGUAGCAGCAAUAACAGCGGUGGCGGUAUCGUUGGAGGAAGUGGCCCCUUGAUGUCUCUGGGCCUUGUGGACGGGCCCCUUGUGAAGAAAGGGGCAUGGUCAUCAAGCCUAACGGUGAGCAGGGCCAGAGAGGUCUACACCAACAACAGCAGCCACAACCAGCUUCGAGCCAGCGCAGGAUCCGGUAACCUAAACCUAGAUAGAGCUCUAGUCAAAUCUAAGGGCAGUCAGCAGCAGGAGCUCUCUUGCCAUUUCUUACAGGUGCCACAGGACGAGUGGAGCGGCUUCUCCCCGCUGGGGAAGGAGGACGACAUCCCCUGUCGGAGGAUGAGGAGCGGAAGCUACGUCAAAGCCAUGGCCGAGGACGACAGUGGGGACUCUGACGGCAGUCCCAAACCCUCCCCCAAGAUGCAGGCCCGCCGGGCCAGCUACCUGAAAGCCACGCAGCCAUCGCUGACUGAGAUGACCACUUUACAGAUCUCGACGGAGCACUCCCCCAAACUGCAGAUCAGGAGCCACAGUUACCUGCGUGCGGUGAGUGAGGUUUCAAUCAAUAGAAGCCUGGAUACCCUGGACCCCAAAACCCUCCUCGACCCCAAAUCGCUGCUGUCCUCACCCCAAUACCGCUCACGCAAUGAAAGCUACAUGAGGGCCAUGAGCACCAUCAGUCAGCUGAGUGAGGUGGAGGUGAACGGGCAGAUCGAACAGGUGUGUGAGCAGGUCUACAGUGCGAUGCAGGCCCAGGCUAUGGAGGCUGCCAUGGACAGCAUGGAAACCAUGGACACCCUGCCAAUGCCAGGGUGCUUCAGGAUGCGGAGCCACAGCUAUGUGCGCGCGAUUGACCAGGGCUGUUCGGGGGAGGAGGAAGGAGAGGGAGGGAGGCCGCUGCUCCUGCUGCCAUCCUCCCCACCACGCACAUCUGCCACCACCGUCAGGACCAUCCAGAGCAGCACAGUUUCAUCUUGCAUCACCACCUAUAAGAAAACCCCUCCUCCAGUGCCGCCCCGAACAUCCACCUGCUCCACAGCCUCCAAGCCCUACAUCUCCAUCACAGCCCAGAGCAGCACAGAGUCUGCACAGGAUGCAUACAUGGAAGAGGAGGGACCCAGAGGUGACAUGACCAUCCAAUCAGGGCUCAGUAACUCAACAGAAAGCAUCGACAGCAUGAAGGCCCUGACAGCCGCCAUAGAAGCUGCUAAUGCACAGGUCCAUGGACCAGCAAGUCAGCACGUCAGUAACAGCACCAUGACAGUCAGCACCCCCACCCCCUCAGUCCUGAGCAGGGGGCCAGUUGUUGAAGACCGCCGGGACGUAUACAGGAAAGAAGCACUCAGGAAGGGCAAAUGUCUCUCCAUAGGUAUCCAGGUGGAUGGACCGGAGGAGGUUCCAGAUCCAGAGGACCCAUCCAAGUUUACCUCUGUAGGGGUGCAAGUGGAGGAUGACAGGGGGUAUCGUCGGUUCCAGCGUUCCAACAGUGUGACAGCAGCUGUACAGGCAGAUAUGGACAUGCCGGACCUGCUGGACACCCCUCUGGACUCCUCAGACACCGACAUGGAAGUCCUGUCAUCCGGUGCCCUCUCUCGACAAUACUCCCGCGAUGCUGCCACCUCUACCGUCAGCAUCCAGGGCUCAGGGAACCACUACCACGCCUGUGCCUCCGAUGAUUAUGAUGAUGUGGGCUUUGACCCAUCCAUUCUCCCCCCUCCAGACCCAUGGAUAGACAGUGUAACGGAUGACUCGCUGGAUGUCAACUUCAACAGCUCUGCUAUUCUGGAGGUAUGUGGGACCGUGUUCAGUGAUAACCCAAAGAAAAUGGGAAAACCAUCAAUAUGUGGAUCAAUUACAAGAGAAGUGCCUGGGUGGCGAUACUCAGGCCAGGAGUGUUAUCAAAACCCCAACGCCCACCCUCGUCCCGUGGCCUCAGACCUGGCUGGUUUUUGGGAUAUGCUCCAGCUGUCGAUCGAGAACAUAAGCCUCAAGUUUGAUGAGCUUCACCAGCUCAGAGCCAACAACUGGAGACCCCUGGAUCCCCCUGAACGAAAGGAGAGGAGGCUCCCACCUCCGGUGCCAAAAAAGCCACCCAAGGGCCCUCACCACCACCACCCCCCUCUGGCCAGAGACCGCUCGCUGGAGAGCUCGGAGAAACAGCGGCAGGAGGCCAGGAGGCGCCUCAUGGCCGCCAAGAGGGCGGCGUCUGUGCGGCAAAACUCGGCCACGGAGAGCGCUGACAGCAUCGAGAUUUACAUCCCCGAGGCUCAGACGAGGCUAUGAGGACACUACCGGGGGGACACGCACAGGGUUACAUGCAGUACACCGGGAAACACAAAGAUGUAUGGUCGUCCAUGCCAAGGUGUAGGGGUGUAACCAAAUACCAAUACGUUUAGUUUUUGGAGUGAUUUUCUUCCAGGUCAUAACUCAUCAACACACAGACGACACACACUUGUUACGGUCAACUGAAUUCCCUUUUUACAACGGUGUCUCUAUCUCCAAUAUUAAGAAGGCGCUCCUUAUUACUUCAUCAGAUCUUCUUUCAUAAUCAUCAGAUCCAGACUUUUAGAAUAUUAUACGUUUUAAGCACAGUAGUUGCGUGGUGCAGAAUCAAGCUUGGCUGAUGUUCCACAGGUGUUCUUUCUACUUCAUAAUCAGAUAUCAAUGAAUAGUAAGGAUAUUGAGAAGCGUGUCAAAUGUUUGUCGAUAGCUUUCUUAAUUUAACAUUUCAAAUGUCAUUUAUUUUAAUCUUCCCAUUGCAUGCACACUCCCCUUUAAAAGAUGCAGUUACAAACACAUCUUUGCAGUUUAUAAAGAAAAUCAUGCAAUAUGGCCCAAUGCCCCCACCCCUCCCCCCAACAUAUUAUUGUAAACAUAACUAUAUAAACUACUCACACUUGUGCUUGUUAUAGACGCAAAACAAUGUGUUUUUUAAACGACCAGUGUGUAGGGUUUAGGACCAUCUAUUGGCAGAAAUGUAAACAUAAUAUAAUUCUUUAUUAUUGUGAAUUUUUCAUACUUAUUUAUGAAGUUUUCUGGAUAGUGUAUAAUCACCUGAAUCUAAGAAUCUUUGUGUUUUUGUUUUGUCGAAUGAGCCCUCUUCAUAUUUAUAGGCAGAGAGGAUGCUCUUCCAUGGAGUCCACCAUGUUUCUACAGAAGCCCAGAACGGACAAACCAAACAGGGCUCUAGAGAGGGCCUUUCCUGUCAGCCACCGUAGUUCUCCUACAUGUUUGGCACACUGGAGAUCGUUCAGUGGGUUGCAAUCUGCACACUCACACUCACGACAAACCCUACACACUGGACCUUUAUGUUUUGAAAGUUUACAAAAACAAUUUUCAUAUUUAUUGCCCCCGCCAACAGUUUAAUGAAAUAUCCGCCCUUAGCUGGCAGCUAAACUUCAUCGCAGGCGUAGAAAGCAGUGUUUUGUCUCUCUCUUUGGUUGAAGGUGUCAGAUCCCAGCCAGCAUCAGUGAUAGCUGUGGUUGGGUGUAAUCAGAAGUGUGAUCUGUUACACCGGUAACCACACCCAACAGAGAUUUCACGAGUUAACAUUUUGUCAGUAGAAUUAAUGCUUGUAUCGAAGAAAGAUCAUCUAUAAUAGUACAACAAAAAUCAUCUGCACAUAAGAAAAAACAUGAACUACAAGCACAUGAGAAUUAAAAAUACAGACGUCGACUCCUCCCUAGAUAUUGACUUUGCGUUACACCCCUACCAACCCAUGUGUAUUUGAACCCACUAGACCCUAAAUACUGCACCCUUUUGUGGGUUGCAUCAGUUGACCAUGACCUGUAAGAGCUGUCCAAACCUCUAAUACAACAAGACUUUACAAGUGUAGACCCGUUAUUCAGACACAUGCAGCACACCUCUGAUGUUCUCUGCCUUCAGACACAUUGUGUCCAACUUCUAAUUAUCGGGGCUUUUUAUAAAACCACAACUACAGCUAUGUUCCAGUGGUUCUCCACAGCAUGAGCACAGAAUCACCUCCUAGAUUGAGCUGAAUUAAAAUACAAAUCAUUUAAAUGUAUUAUUACUUUAAGGACUCCUUUUCCAUCUGUUGAGGAAGAUCGUGUGACUGUUCAUUGUGUCUGGACUACGAGGAAAGCACAAAAGAUACAGUUGUUGGGGAGAGAUCAGGGAGGAAGAGUAGGUUGUGAUGUCAGGCAGCUAGAAGCACUUCAACUGUAGACAUGAGCGGAUGCCGUGUAUUGUAAUCCAGUUCAUUUGAGGUAGGAUAAGCUCCAAGUUUGAGCACUGGUAGGAGGCGAGAGUGUCAAAGUCAGACAUCUUGUUCAACCAACAAUUCACUUCUACAUGCUGUAAGGGACAUGCCAACACAUUCUUACUCCCAGCUCGUCAAAUACCAACGCUUGGUCAGUGGUCCUCGGCUUCUGAUACCGAGGCAACCUUCAGCGUCUUCAUAACACUAACUCCAAUGUAAACCGGUCAGAGCAGCUGACAUUACAUAAAGAGCUAGAAAGUCUGCGUAGGGCAGGUUGGAGAUGUUUGGUUGGCUUAAACAAACACAGGACUUUCACCCAGGAGACCGCUGUUAAUGUCAACAUUGACUUAUUUUACUUUAGUUUUGUUACGUAACUUACGUACUUCACAAUGCCACGUACAUAAGCUACGUAACUAAACCAAACCAAGUCAACCUAAAAAUGUUGUUUAUUUUGAAAGACACGGCAUGAGGCUCACUGACCAAAUGGCGGGUGGAGCGAGGACAAUAUGCUGCAGUGUGUUCAGCCUCACAGCCUCUUCACAUCAUACAGGAAACGGUUUGACUUUUGGUAGAUGUUUGGUCUCUGGGUCUUUGGUUAGUAUUACACAAAUGCAUAUGUACAGACGGGAUGGACAAUCUUCCACAGAUACACACAUAGUAAACACACAAUCAUCAACUUGUGUCAUAUGACAACACUUGAAAUGCACACUGGUUUACACUCGCAGGUAAUUCUUUCAGGUCUCGUGGCUGUCUGAACAAUGCAGGCUGUUGUAAUAUAGAAACAGUGUCUCUUCCCUCCGGAGAAGAGGCCGCCAUAAUCACUGUUGAUCUUUCAUCUUUCGCCCCGUCUCCACUCCACAUCACUUCUUUAUUGGACUUAGGAGCUUCAUGUAACAAUCAGCUGGAGGUUUCUUCCUCUAUGGUGAACCCUCCUAAUAACAGAGACCAUAUUUUAUUGGAAAUAUCUGUUGUUUUACAACUUAGGUGUAUUUUCACAAGUUUUUGAUUCUUUUUGUUUGUGAUCUUUUUUUUUUUCACUCACCAGUGAAAGUGAGAGGUCAGAACAUGUCACCUCAAAUAAGAGCCAGCAGCCAGUUAAUAACCAAGUUUUGUAAAGUGCUUAAUCAAAGAUUUGUUUCCAACCGUCCGAUGGAUGGUGAGGUUGCGCCCUCCGUGUUUUAGCAAAACAGCUUUUGAUGACCAAAACUACUAAAACUAAGUUGUAAAUAACAUCAUUUUCUUUUAACUCUGUAACAUGGAAAGCCAUCAAGUGAAUUAUGAAGUGCUGAAACUGUCAAAGACACUAUGUUACAGGGAAAACAAUGGCUAAUAAUGUUGGGAAAUUAAUUGGUUUGGGUCUGUGUACGAUCACCAUUAUUUUCUCCCUCUAUGGUGUGAUCUUCAACUCCGUUCUCCUCCUGGGAAUUUGAAGGUGAUUUUUAUUUUACAGGGUAAAUUUACAAGCAAUAUUUAGUGGAGAUAGUGGGCUUUAUGGAUGCUCAAAGAUUAUAAUUAAUGAGACGGAAUGAGGCUCUCUAAGUAGCUUCUCUAGUUGUGCGAUUAAAACAUUGAAUUUAACUUUAUUAUUUUAAGAUCUUCAAAUGCAUUGUUCUCUUCAUGAGAGAGUUGUUUCGAGGCCAUAGCUGUGAAAGUAACACCACCCAAACUGUCCAUGCAGUUUUAGAAUGACAUGAACAGAAAUGGCUGGUUGUGAAAUAUUCUUGUUUUGUUCAUAGUCACAAAACUAAAAUCGGACUUUUGUUUUUUGACUUUUGAAGAGGUGCGUUAGGCCGACCAUAGUAGCACAAAUAAAAGGUAGAAUUUUCAUUCUAAAACCCCCCAAAAAGUGAAAAAUGAAUCAAUUAACAAAUGAAUUGAAACUGUUACUAGCAGUUGGUCGGCAAUGCAAAAGGAGUUAAACGCUCCACCUAAAGUACCACUGCUCUACAGCUUUCAUUUACUUUCUCACCUACACACACCUGUGUGACGGCAUCUGUGGUUCACCCAACCCUGCAAAGUAAACCAUGUGGUCCAUCGACGAGAACAAAUCCACAAUUUUUCGUACAUUUAAGACUUCAAUCUCAGAGUUUUUUUCUUGAAAUAUUACCCCUCUCCCCCGGCUCUAUAACUUUUUUGUUUUUACCUACAAUACGCCAUCAUAGACUUGUUAUAUAUAUCUAUGGUAUAUUUUAUUAAUAGUCUUACGUUGAGUAUUAUAUCUUAUUAUAAUGUAUUUCUUAAAAUUCAACUUUUACCUCUGUGCUUUUUAUUUAAUAAACAACCAAGCCAGACAUGUUAUUUUGAUAUUGCCAUGGCUAGCAUAGCUAGCUUAACAUAGCUCAAUAUCAGAGCAUUGCAUUUGUUACUAUAAAUCUAAAAAAAUAUAUAUGUAAUGUAUAUUCUUGAUACUACAACUUUUCUGUUUUUUUUAAAUCAGCCUCAUUGUAAUUUCUGCUACUGUCACUUUAAAGGAGCACAGUGACUUCACACCUUUAUUUGACCAUCGUAGUCAGCCUACUCCCACAGUCUCAGGAAAUAACCCUGAUGAUGUCACAGUGAUGUCACUUACGUUAUCUGAGUUUGGGCUUGGAGAGUUCAAAUUUAGAACUGAAAGUUCUACAAACUGGAGGUGUAGAGUUAGAAGGUUGUGGGUGUUUAUCAGGCAGGAAGCGUGUAACAAAGAGGCAUGUUCAAGUUGCAUGAUAGGAGAUGUAGGAUCCAGCAUUUUGGAGCUUGACCCCCACAAAGGAUAGAAGUUUGGAAACCUCAGCCUUCUAUUUCGACCACUCUUUUUCCGUCCGGCCCCUGAGAGUCUCCCAGCUUAAUGCUAAAAAAUCCCAAGACAAAAUAAAAAAAGAAGCUGUUAAAAAAACACACCAAAUGUAUGAUUAACUUUGGACUCAUCAGAGACAACCCAGUGGACACUCCACCAAUAGAUUUCAUUUGGUCAUGGACACUUCCUGACCAGAGUUUGAAAGUGCCAUAAGAAGACAUUUCAGAUCCAUAUUUCAUAGUCCACAGCUGAAACAGACCUGGUUUACACAGUGGCAAAGAAAAACAAGAUGAUGUUUCUUGGGCCACUUCAUGUUGUUGAUCUGUUAUUAUGCCAUUUAUACUACUACUUAUGCCAACAUUUAUUGUGACAACCUCUUAUAUAGCUGCCAUUCAUCUCUCCAGAGCAACACUGGACAUCAGGAGUAGGAUUCACAGGAUUCUAUUCUACGCUGACAAUGACGUGUUGUUGAUGAAAGUAUUCAGUAUUUAUUUUCUUCUUUUGUAAAGAUCAGUUGUGUGUGUGUGUGUGUGUGUGUGUGUGUGUGUGUGUGUGUGUGUGUUUUUGUACAGGAUCUAAUUACCUCUGUGUUUAAAUGAUGAUGACAGUGACAAUGCAGUGAGCCAUAUUCAAUGUGAAAUACCCUUCUUAUCAAGAGGAAAGGGCCAUACAAAUGCUGAAAGAUUUAUUUUUCUUUGAGCAUUUACUGAAUCAUUUAUUUCGUGUUCCAGUAGCAAGCUUACUGUCUGUGUGUUUGGGAGGAACAGUAGAGCAGGAACAACAUCACACGAACCGGGGAACAAGAAGAUAUGCACAUUGGGAAUCUUUAGUGUAUAUCAGAAGCUUCUCAGAUAAAAGCCUUUCUGACUUUCAAACACGAUGACUCACAUUAGAGUAGAGGCCCUGGCCUCAUGGUUGGAGAUGCAAAAUGUCAGCCAGACAAUGUCCAAACUUGAAGCUGGGGUGUCAAAUCUGACGAAUGUGAAACAUGAAAACAAAGAGGAUGAAAUCUAUGAAAGAUCAGGGAUGCCAAUAUUGAAACAGAAUUGUUAUCAAAUUUCAUUUUCUAUUUGUUUGCAUGUUAUUGGUGACAAAAUUAGAACUACGAUUAAAGAAUUUAAAUGUUAUGUUCGAAAAUGCACAAUUAUUAAAAAAAGAAUUCUGUGUACUCGAAAGGUUAACGCAAUUUUAAUAAAAAUGGAAUGAGCAUUUUCAAAUUCGCUGAAAUUGUGCCACCAAAACCUGAAAACGAAACGGCAAACUGGACUUUAGUUUGCUUUAGUUAAGGUUUUUUUGCACUAUGAAAACUGCAUAAAAAAAAGAGAAAUAGAAUAAAAUAAUAAAAUACAUAAAAAAAAAACUAACAUGAUAAACAUAAAUAAAGGAAAAUAGACAAACAACAUCAAUGCGGCACCAAUCAGCAUUGAUCUUUGGAUUAUUAUUGGAUCAUCAUCGAAAACGUGUGGGCUAGAUUCCAUUUAGCAACACAUAAUCACUGAAGACAUCUGCUGUUUCCUGCAUCAGGAGUUUGCUAUGUCAUGACAUUUGACUUUUAAAUAUAAUGAAACCAUCUUGCAACUCCCUUUCUUCAGUAAAGUCUGUAUGGGAGAAAAUCAUAUUGAUAUAAUCAACCAAAACUUGAUUAGAUGUCAGUUUUAAGCUUGACAAUUAUCUGUCAACAUUAAAUACAUAAACAUAAUUGAGCAUUUUCCAUUUAAAAAAAUACAUUCAUACAUGCAAUGUGUCAAUUAUUUUAAAGUUAUAUUUGAAUUUGGACUUGAAUUUAAAUUGGCAGUCUUGGACUUUCAUAGGGACAACCUUGGAUGUAAUGCUGCUGCUUUUCCUCAGGAAGAGAUGAGGAAUGUGGUCCAUAAAAUCAGGGUCUCCCAGACAUGUUGGUCUGUUACUCAAACUGUGUGUGCGAGAGUCUAUGUGUUUUAACAUUUGUAUGCAGUCCAUUUGUAAAUAUAACCAUUCUGGAAGAUGCACUGUGUGUGUGUGUGUGUGUGUGUGUGUGUGUGAGGUCUCUUUAAAGUGCUUCCUGAGUACCUUGUUUUCUAUGUCAGGCCUUUCCUCAGUACGGUCUAGUAGCCUCAUCAACUCAUUCUGUACAUUAACUCUCCUCUCGUGUUUGUACAGAAAACGUUUGAGGGUGUUUCAUGACGCAUGCAGACACAAUAUUAGUACUUAUGAAUCUAUAUCUAAGUUGAGAACAUGUAUUUGGUUUAUUUAUGCUCUUAUUUAUUAAUUUUUUUAAACUAUGACAUUCUGUUGAAGUGGUCUGUCAUGCUCUUCUGAUCUUAUGUUGUACUGUAAAGAGAUGAUUAUACGUCCAUAACUAUUGAUGAACCCAUAAUAAAAGUAAAUAUCAACUCUU